AUGUUGGAACGCGACGAUACGGUGAGCGAUGUCAACCUCUCUAACAGCGGAAUCGAUGACAUGAUCAAGAUGGGCAAUCUGUCCGAGGAGACGAUCCUGAAGAACCUGAAGCUACGCUAUACCAAGGACCUCAUCUACACCAAUACAGGCUCCAUCCUAGUAUCGCUCAACCCCUACCGGGAGCUCCCAAUAUACAGCCAGGAAGUGGUGCGUGAGUACAUCGGCCGGGCCGCCGGCUCGAUUCGCCCACCGCCCCACAUCUUUGCCACGGCCGAGAGCUGCUACCACGACAUGCGCGAGGACUCGGCCAAUCAGUCGGUCAUUAUCAGUGGUGAGAGUGGAGCCGGCAAGACGGAAGCCACCAAGCUCAUCCUACAGUACCUGGCUGCCCGAACCAACCGGCACUCGGAGGUCGAGCAGAUGAUCCUGGAGUCCAGUCCCGUGCUCGAGGCCUUUGGUAAUGCCAAGACCGUGCGAAACGACAACAGCUCUCGUUUUGGCAAGUUUAUCGAGAUCCACUUCGGGGCCAGCGGACAAAUUGUGGGAGCAAGAAUCAUCAACUGUAUGCCACCUUCCUCUCUUUUCCUGGCUCAAUCAGAGGGAGAGCGCAACUACCAUGUUUUCUACCAGCUGCUCAAGGGCUGCUCUCCGAGCGAGCGAGAGACCUGGUCCAUUCUGCCUUCUAUUGAGGACUACCACUACCUCAACCAGAGCGGAUGCCACACGGUCCCGAACAUCCACGACGAGCAGGACUUUGAACGCCUGCGCAUGGCCUUGUCUGCCCUGGACAUACCCACCGCUACGGAAGAGCAGAUGUUCAGAACGCUUUCAGGCAUCUUGCGCCUGGGAAACAUCACGUUCGAGGGCGGCGAAGCGUCCAAGGUGGUGAACACAAAGGAAUUGGAGGUGGUCGCCAAGUUGCUGGGCGUCAAGGCGGACGCGCUCAAUAGCGCACUGACCACGCGGGCCAUGUCCGUCUCAGGCCAGAAGAUCAUGCUCAACCUCAAACCCGAACAAGCCACGGACACCCGAGACGCGUUGGCCAAGGCCGUGUACAGCUACAUGUUCGAUUGGAUCGUGGAGUCGAUCAACCGGGUCAUCCACAAGCCCAAGCUGACCAAAUCGUUCAUUGGCGUGCUCGACAUCUUUGGCUUCGAAAACUUCAAGGUCAACAGCUUCGAGCAAAUGUGCAUCAACUUCGCCAACGAAAAGCUACAGAACUUCUUUAACGUCACCAUCUUCAAGCUGGAGCAGGAGGAGUACCAAGCAGAGGGCAUCAACGUAGCAGCUGUGGUCUACAACGACAACCAGGACUGCAUCGACCUCAUCGAGAAAGUCAGGCCGCCUGGCAUCAUUGCGUUGCUGGACGAAGAGUGCCGGUUCCCGAAGGCCACCGAUCUGACCUUCCUCGGCAAGCUCUCCACCAACCACGGCAAGCACAACAAGUUCGAAAUGCCCAAGAAGUCGCGCACCAGUUUCGUCAUCAAGCACUACGCCGGAGAGGUGGCCUACGAGGUGGCGGGCUUCCUGGACAAGAACAAGGACACGCUGCCGGAGGACCUGGUGCGGCUGCUCCACAACAGUUCGGUGGACUUGAUCAAGACCGUCUUCACGCCCGUCGCCAAUGACCUCGACUCUGCCAAGUCGGGCAAGAAGGCCGCCACCGUGGGCACCAUAUUCAAGAAUCAAUUGAACGAGUUGAUGGCCACGCUGGGCGCGACGUCGCCUCACUACGUCCGCUGCAUCAAGCCCAACACCCUGAAGCAGGCCGGCGUCUUCGACGAUGAGAUGGUGCUGGCGCAGCUCAGAUACGCCGGAAUGAUGGAGACCAUCCGAAUCAGGAGGAUGGGCUUCCCCAUUCGCUUCCCCGCCAAGGAGUUCCUCGCCCGCUAUCACGUGUUGAUGCCCUUUACCGGCACACGACCCGCUGCGGGAGAUGCGCUGGCGACGUGCGCGAACAUCAUGAAUCGAAUGGGAGCUCCGGCCGGCGAUGCCUGGCAAGUGGGCCGAACCAAAGUCUUCUUGAAGGACGGGCAGUACAAUCGCCUCGAAGAAGAAAAGGGCAAGGCCCUCCGGGGGCGGGUCAUCCUGAUCCAGAGCUGGUGGCGCAUGGUGUGGGUGCGCAACUACUACCGCAAUUACAAGGCCGCCGCCAUCAAAGCCGAGUACGAGCGAAGGAGGAGGGAAGAGGCCAAGCGACGCGAGGAGGAGCAACGACGCGCACGGGAGGCCGACGAGAAGCGGCGGCAGGAGAGCAGCGGUUCCGGGACCAUGCGCCGAAUGCAGAACGACGGGACGCUCAGGAGCGGCGAGGCCGCGCCGGUGCCCGCAGAGGCCGAUUCGGUUCUGUUCGAGGUGAACAGGCUGCCCGAUAUUGUGCUGGAGACCGACGCGAUGGAGGCCAUCACCGAGACGGGCCAGGACGCCGACAAGGUGCUCUACACUGCGAGCCUCAACAAGUACCUGCAGCCGGUCAAACCGGCUGCCCAGUAUGACUCCCCGCGCGUGGCCUCCCUGCGUCGGCGCGUCGUCGAGAGGCUACAGCUCAACAAACAGCACACGCCCAUGCACCGCAAGGAAGGCAUCGAGGACAUUCCCGAAAUCAUGAGCUCGGCCGACAUGCUCAAAUACUCGUUCGAGGAGUAUGCCCGCGCCAACUUCAACAUGAUGAAGCGCAAGAGCGCCAUCUCGCUGCGCCGGCAGAAGUCCUUCUCAACGCAACAGAUCUGCGCCUACUCCAAGAAACUGGACUUCCCGCUGCACAAGACCAGCAGCGUGAACUACGUCAAUCUGUCGCUGACGCUCUUCCGCAAGCUCACCCGCUUCAUCGACGGCGAGGAGAGCUACCCCGUCCUCAAGGACAUCUUCGUGGCCGGUAUCGCGCAUCCCGCCGCCUUCAGAAACGAGAUCUACGCCCAGGUCAUGAAGCAGGCCACCUUCAACUCCUCCAAGGAGGGAACGCUGCGUGCGUGGGAGGUGCUGGCCGCGUACUGUGGCGUCUUCCCGCCGACCGACGUCUUCCUCCCGUAUCUGGGCUCCUUCCUGCUCGAAGCCACCGCGAUUCCUACGGAAGUCGGCGCGUUCGCGCGCUACGCCUACGACAAGCUCAAGCUGCUGGCCUACCGCGUCAGGCAGAAGGAGAACCGGCAGUACCCCCCGUCCAUGCUCGAGUUCGAGGCCAACAAGGAGCGAAGGCAGAUGCGCGUCUGGUUCACGCUGCCGAGCGGCAGCGACGCGGCGGUCCAGAUCGACCCCGUGUCCACGGCCGCCGAUGUCUUUACGCCGCUCACCACCAAGGCCGUGCGGCUGAACGACCCUUCGGAGUUUGCCAUCUACGAGGUCUACCCUGCGAGCAACCUCGAGCGGAGCCUUGCGCCCAACGAUUUCAUUGCCGACAUCCUGUCCAAGGCCGAAAAGUACGGCCUCGAGGUGAAGCUGUUCUUGAAGAAGAAGAUGUGGCUCGACCCCGCCUUCCUCUCCGAAGAUCCCUCUGAAAACAGGCUCGAGGUGUUCCAGCUUCACACCUACAUCCUCAGUGAGCGCUUGCCGAUCCGCGAGAGCGACGUCGCGGGGAUUGCUGCGGCCAAGGUGAUCAUUGACGGCGCGCACCAGACCCUCGCAACCAACCCGAGCAGCAUUAUGCCUUCGCUGGUGCCUCCGGCACACAUGGCCACCAAGUCUGCCGGUGAGUGGGGCAUCCUCAUAGAAACCGAAGUAGCAAAGAUCAAGAGGAUGAAGAUGGACGAUGACAACAACAUUCUCAUCCAGUAUCUGAAACUGGCGAAAGAGCUGCCCUUCUACGGACUGAGCGUGUUCCGCUCGGUGAAGCUGGAGACGUCGGAUCUGGACUUACCCGACGAGUGCAUAGUGGGCAUCGGCAUCCCCGGGCUGUCAAUCUACGAUCCCGUCUCCCAGCAAAAACUGCGGCGCAUUCCCUACUGGGACGUGUGCGAGAUCAGCUUCACCGUCAAUUCCUGCACCCUCACCACCAAGGCCGAAAUGGGGGCGAUCAAAUUCCUCACCCUGGAGGGAGUCGAAAUGGCCAGCAUCAUGGAAGACUGCAUGUUCUGGCUGCGAGAGGAUUCUUGGGUGGCGCGGGCUGUGGUGGACUAUCUGCCGAGGGACCGGAGCCUUCUUUCGUUCCACAAGGGCGAGAUCGUCACCAUCAUUUCCAGGGAUGCCUCCGGAUGGUGGAAGGGCAAAAUCGACGACAAGGUCGGCCAGUUCCCCAAGGACAACGUGGAGGUCCUCAUCCUCAAACCGGGUAGCACCGGCAAGGACUACGCCGAGUCGCCGCGCGCGCCAUCCCUGAAACAGCGGCUCAUGAACGGAGGACUGGCCAGCAGCGACGAAAGCGAACAAAGCGGCGGUGUGGCCAAGCCCACGGAGAUGAAGGGAGUGGCGCGCAUGAACAGCCGGGCCUACUAUCAGCAGUUGAACUCGAGCGGCGGCCUGGCCGACUCCGACACCCGCACCGUCUACGCGCCGUCGAGCAACGUCAAGCGCUACCCGCUCGCCGAGUACGCGACCAAGCACUUCAACAUCGAGGAGCUCAUCAAGGAGGAGAAGAUCAACCCCAAGCCGGGCAUGACGGCCGCCGACGUCCUGACCACCUACUCCGACAGCCCGCUCAAGUGCCCGCUCCACAAGGGGCUCGACGAGGCGUCGGUCAAGAUCGUGAUUGACAUCUCCGUGUUCAUCAUGCAGUACAUGGGCGACUAUCCUUCCAAGAAGACCCCCUACGAGUUGAUGACCAAGAUCUGUCAGCCCGGCAUCGACAGGCCCAACAUUAGGGAGGAGAUCUUCUGCCAGAUGCUCCGGCAGACCAACAAGAACCCCAAGCCGGCGAGCCAAGUGAAGGGAUUGGAGCUGAUCUCGAUUUGCUGCGGUCUGUUCAACCCUUCGCGCGCGCUCGGCCCCUACCUGCUCGACUUCCUGCACCUGCACACCAAGCUUACGCCGGACGACUGCAAGAACGAGAAGGUCGCACAGCGCGACAACAUUUGCGACAUCAUGGCCAAGUUCGAGCUCGUGACACCCCCCAAGAGCAAGGAGGCCCUCCACUUCGUGUUCCAGGUAUAA